CAGUAGAGGGGGUUUGAGUCGAGAAGGAGGGAUAGAGGAAGAGGAGGACGUGAAAGUCUGAAUAAGAAAUCAGCUCCUCCUGCCUUCUAGAACUGCCCGCAGAUCGGACAGCAGUAAUAGCAGGAAAAUCACCUUCCUAUUUGGAUUUAACUCACCGUGAACCUCACCGGAGCACCGACAGCGCUGCUGUGACUGCAGUAUCUCCCCUGAUCGACAUGCUCUCUCCGAGGCUGUAUGUGUUUCUGCUGGCCGUGUCCUGCGUACCGUGGCCAGCUGCGGUCCGGGCGGCGUCCUGUGAGUCGGUGCGGAUCCCUCUGUGCCGGUCCAUGCCAUGGAACAUGACCAAGAUGCCGAACCACCUCCACCACAGCACACAGGACAACGCGGUGCUGGCCAUCGAGCAGUUUGAAGGACUGCUGGGGACUGGCUGCAGUCCGGAUUUGCUCUUCUUCCUAUGUGCCAUGUAUGCUCCAAUCUGCACAAUUGACUUCCAGCAUGAGCCCAUUAAACCCUGUAAGGCGGUGUGUGAGCGGGCAAAGUAUGGCUGUGAGCCGGUUAUGAAGCGUUACAACCACAGCUGGCCGGACAGCCUGGCUUGCAGCGAGCUGCCGCUGUAUGACCGUGGAGUCUGCAUUUCACCUGAGGCCAUUGUCAAAGCAGAAGGACCAG